AUGAAUGGAACAAAAAUAGAUUGCUUAUUCUGCGAAAUUGUUAGCCGAAAAAAAACCGCCUAUGUAGUGGCGGAAAAUGAAGGAGCGGUGGCAAUUUUAGAUAUUAUGCCGGUCAGCGACGGUCAUGUCUUAUUAAUCACCAAAAAACAUUUUGCUAAUAUUAGUGAGAUAGAGCAAGAAAGUUGGGGUUAUUUAUUGCCUUUAAUGAAAGAUAUUAUUGGCAAAAUAACUAUCCGAGAACAGGGAGGGAAUGAAAUCGCCGAAAUCAGCAUUGAUUCGGGCACUUCUGAUAACUCUAAUCAAAGAAUAAGAACUGAUACUUUAAAUGGAAUUUAUUUAGAAAAAAAUGGUGAGAAUUGGGAACCCGAAAGAGAAAUCGAUUUAUGGUCGAUAGUUGAUUGGGGAACCAAUGAAACCAGAUUAAAAAAUGAGUUGAGGGGAUUUAUUGACUUGCUGAAAAGGCAAGAAAGAAUUGAAAGGGAUAGAGAAAAUUUUACCAUUCAACAAAUUACCAACUUUCAGCCGGAUUUUGAAAGAUAUCAACAGCCCGAAAAGCGAGAACUAUAUGAGUUAGAAAGUUUUUUUGGUUCUCUUCUUCCUGGAAAUAGACAAAUUGUUAAGCGGUUUGUCGACCAUAAUUUAGAAAAAAUUGAAGAAUUAAAAUUGUGGCUAGCCACCGCAAUACCAAAUCUCUCCUUGGAAAUGGUAAACCAAGCCUCGCUUAAUGAGUUUGAUAUAAGGCGGGAUAAAGACCAAAUUAAUCCCCAAGGUCUCUAUAAGGGUUUUAGUAUUUUUCGCACUGAUGCCGAAGAACCUGCGAAUAACCAAGGAAAUACUGUCUAUGUUUCGACUAAAUCUCGCCGAAGUGGUUUAAACGGCAGUUAUAAAGUUGACCCAGUUGAAAAAUCCCAUACUAAAACUUUUUUUGACCUCCGAGAGGCAAAAAGUUUGGAGGAUUUUUUGGAAAUACUGACUAUUAACCCCACCGCUUACCAAGAAAUACCGGGAGCAACAAAAUCCGAACAUUUGCUUCAAUACCAAAAAGCAAUUGACAAAACCACCGGAAAAUUAACUUUUUGA